AUAACUUCGGGCGGUCGCGCGCCCCACGACGGAUUCCUCUCCGCGCGGGAGCGCGCACAGACCGUUGGCGCUGAGGAGCGGGAGCGCGCGCGAGCUCGCGGCCUGGCUCUCAUCACUAUAGGCAGGAGUUAGCUUCCAAUGCUAAUCUGGGAUCCUGUUUUUUUUUCCUCACAGAAAAUGAUCGAAAAUUAUAUAAAAAUAUAUUUAAAAUAAUGUUUAUGUGGUAAAAAAAAAUCGUCUUAACUACACGUUUUCCCCCGAGGUUCACCUGAAGGUAUCUCCACCCACUUCUCAGAGAUGUAGUGUGUGUUCUGCAGUGUGAGACUCUGAUGCCUCAUCAUGCUGCUACUCCUGCUGUUUGUCCUACAGCCUAAUGCCAAUGCACAGAUAGACCCAGUAUUGUGUCGCUACCCUCUUGGCAUGGAGGAUGGCAGAAUCAAAAAUGAUGACAUUACAGCCUCUAGCGAAUGGUACAAAACGACCGGGCCGCAGUACGCCAGGCUAAACAGAGAGGAAGGUGAUGGAGCCUGGUGUCCUGCCGGUCAGCUGCAUCCAUCUGAUGUCCAGUACCUGCAGCUGGACCUCCGGCAGCUUACCUUCCUCACAGUAGUGGCCACACAGGGCCGAUACGCCCGGAGCUCGGGUAACGAGUUCGCCCGCAAAUACCGCCUCACCUACAGCCGAGACGGCCAUCGCUGGAUCUCCUGGAAGAACCGCUUCGGCAAUGAGAUCAUCAUGGCGAACGUGAACACGUACGAGUCGGUGGUGAAAGACCUCCAUCCACCCGUCAUCACACGCUUCCUCCGCCUCAUCCCUGUCACAGACGCCAUUCACACCGUCUGCAUGCGCAUCGAGCUGUUCGGCUGCCCCUGGCAAGACGGGUUAACAGCGUACAGCGCUCCUGAGGGCCACACCAUGAUGGCUCCUGGAUACCCCAUCACCCCCCUCAACGAUUCCACCUACGAUGGAGUUCAGGAGCGCAGGAGGGUGCUGGGUGGUCUGGGACAGCUGACAGACGGUGUAAUGGGUCUGGAUGAUUUCUCUCAGACGCGUCAGUACAUGCCAUGGCCUGGUUAUGACUACGUGGGCUGGAGGAACGACUCUCUCGGACCCGGCUACAUUGAGAUGGAGUUUCAGUUUGACAGGCAGAGGAACUUCACCUCCAUGAAGGUGCACAGCAACAACAUGUUCACGCGUGGUGUUAAGGUCUUCUCGUCCGUAAUGUGUGUGUUUAAGCACCGGCUCAUCUCUCAGUGGGAGCAGGAGGCUGUGGAGUUUCACACGGUUCUGGAUGACCGGAACCCGAGCGCUCGGUACGUCACCGUGCCUCUGGAGCGACGAGCGGCCACGGCAAUCCGCUGCAGGUUCUACUUCGCAGACACCUGGAUGAUGUUCAGUGAGAUCUCCUUCCAGUCUGCGAUCCUCACCCUGCCCACCCAGAGGCCCCCGGUGAUGACAUCACUGCCGUCUGAGAUACCGAGUCGGGCGCCGACUACAGUUACAUCAGCUACAGAUGCUAGCACAGUAACGUCCAAGCCCCACCUACCUGAACAGAGCAACACAUCUGUCUUAAUUGGCUGUUUGGUCACCAUCAUCCUCCUGCUUGUAGUGAUCAUCUUCCUCAUUCUGUGGUGGCAGUAUGUGUGCAAAGUCCUAGAGAAGGGUCCGAGGCGGAUCCUGGAUGAGGAGGUGAUGGUGAAUUUGCCUUGCAGCAGUGACUCUCCUCAGUCGCCCCCUUUGGACUCUCUGGACUCUCCGUAUGAGAGAGUGUUUCUGCUGGACACACGCACACACACUCCAGAACACACCGAGCUUAGAGCCAAAGACCUGGAUUGUGGUGGUGGUUAUGCCGAGCCAGACAUUACUCAGUGUACUCAUCACCAGAGUCUCCAGUCCAGCGUUCCUCACUACGCCGAGACCCUGAUAGUCAAGCUGCAGGGUGUUACCGGCGGCAACACAUACGCCAUCCCCGCCCUCACCGCAGACUCUCUAACACGCAAAGACAUCACUGCCCCCGAAUUUCCAAGGGAAUGCCUCAUCUUCCGGGAGAAACUGGGGGAGGGGCAGUUUGGAGAGGUGCACCUGUGUGAAGCGGAGGGUCUGGUGGAGUUUUUAGAAGAGGACGCUCCUCCAUUAUCUGAUGGCGAGAGCUCCGUCCUAGUGGCAGUGAAACAGCUCCGAGCCGACGCCACCAUUAAUGCCAGGAACGACUUCUUGAAGGAGAUAAAGAUCAUGUCGCGCCUGAACGACCCGAACAUCAUCCGCCUGCUGUGUGUGUGUGUGCACUCGGACCCUCUGUGCAUGGUGACAGAGUACAUGGAGAAUGGAGACCUCAACAUGUUCCUCUCUCAGAGAGAGAUUGAGAGCACUCUCACCCAUGCCAACAACAUCCCCUCUGUAAGUAUGGCAGACCUGUUGCACAUGGCUGUUCAAAUAGCAUCGGGGAUGAACUACCUGGCAUCUCUGAACUUUGUGCACCGGGACCUGGCCACGAGGAACUGCCUCCUGGACCGACAGCUCACCAUCAAGAUCUCAGACUUCGGCAUGAGCAGGAACCUGUACAGCAGCGACUACUACAGAAUCCAGGGCCGAGCCGUGCUGCCUAUACGCUGGAUGGCCUGGGAGAGUAUCCUGCUGGGUAAGUUCACCACGACGAGUGACGUGUGGGCGUUUGGUGUGACUCUGUGGGAGAUCUUCACUCUGUGUACAGAGCAGCCCUACAGUCUACUGACGGACGAGCAGGUCAUCGAGAACAGUGGCGAGUUCUUCCGGAACCAGGGGAGACAGAUCUACCUGUCCUCUCCCCCGCUGUGCCCCACCCCUCUGUAUGAGCUAAUGAUACGUUGCUGGAGGCGUGACAUCAGAGAUCGUCCCUCCUUCAACAGCCUGCACCAGGCGUUACGGCUCCACUCUCCUCGCUCCUGACUGAGAUACGCUCCACCCGGUCAGCUCUGACCCUGAGCCUGACCCAACCAAUCAGCUCUGACUCUGAGCCUGACCCAACCAAUCAGCUCUGACCCUGACCUAGCCAAUCAGCUCUGACUCUGAGCCUGACCCAACCAAUCAGCUCUGACCCUGACCUAGCCAAUCAGCUCUGACUCUGAGCCUGACCCAACAUUCAGCUCUGAUUGUGAGCCUGCAGUCUUUCUCCCCAGAGGAGACCCUGAAACUGGAAGGCCAUGAUGUAGCAGUGGUGGAGUAGAGGAUCAGAGACAAUGGUAAUGAUGAUGAUGAUGUCAUUUUGAAACUCUUUUUUCUGGGGUUUAGUCCUGGAGCACUUGUUAGCAUGAAGCUAAUCAUAAAUGAGCAUGUUUGCAUCACAGACUGAUGCAGGGACCUGGGACCUGGUGGGACUCGGGGUGUGGGUGAACCUCCAGUCUGUAGACACUUGAGACGUUUUUUUUUUUUUCGUUUUUUAUUUCUUCUGUGUUUAUUUUCUUUUGUGUUUGUUUUUAUAUUUGAAGAGAUUUUUCAUACCCUGUCCGUGUGAGAUGUCGUGUCUCUGAGCCUACUGUACACCCACGGCCUUAAAGACACACUUCAGCCCAGGAUGAAAUGUACACAGCCGUGUAAGUGUGUGUGAGAGUGUGUGUGAUGGUGCAGGUGUGUAGGUUGUUCAGUACUGAACUGGGGGCUGUAGAGGCUUCCUUUACUUAUUAACCUCAAACUGCAAGUCCUGGCUGAUCAGGGGAAUUGUGUACACUUCAUUUUCUGCUGAAAUGCCCCUUUAAGGAACUAACUGGAGGAGUGUGUGUGUGUGUGUGUGUGUGUGUGCGCGCCCUGUGGUCCCUCAUCGCUCAGCACUACUGCCUAUUGUCUUUGUUUUAUGUGUGUGUGUGUGUAUAUGUGCACUCCCUCCCCACACUGGAGUUAUGAAUGAAUUCUGACUAUAAUGUGGAUGUUUUGUGUGUGUGUGUGUGUGUGUGUGUGUGUAGUUUUCUGUAUAUGAAUGUUCUACAGGUUCAUUCGAGAGAGCAGAACUACUGUCAUGACUAAACAAGUGAAGCGCUUUCCUGAGAGAGAGAGAGAGAGAGAGAGAGAGAGUAUCCAUCUCUUCUUCGUCUGCAGUAUUGUAUUUGUCCUAUACGUUGGGGUGCCAGCACUUUUCCCCACAGCAUCUGCAGUCCUCUGAGUUGUGUUUCUGAUGUGUCUGAUAAUAAAGAAUUGAAAAUGCACACCAUUAACCCUGUAACACACCUCAAGCAGUGCAUUGGUAUAAAGAUAAGUGCUUUUGCUCCUGAACCUCCUGAACACCUUGGAUGGAUCUCCAACACGAGGAGUGUAGGAUCCAAGUCCCCAUGUCCUAUUUCUGUUUCUCAUUCUCUCUCUCUCUCUCUCUCUCUCCCUCUCUCUCUCUCCCUCCCUCCGUGUGUGCACAACUUCUCCUUCCCUCUGUCUCUGUCUGUAGUGUGUUAGGUGUUUCUCCACUUCCUGUGUGGUUCAGCUGCUCAUGGGUCUGGCUCUCAGUAGGUUCAGCAGGAUCUCCUGUGUGUGUGUGUGUGUGUGAACAAGGAGAGUAAACUGCCACUGUAUGUGUGUGUGAGUGUGUGGCGUGUACAUAAGCAGAACAGAUGUGUGUAAUAUAUACAGGGGUGAAGGAGGACGUGUUGUGGCCUAACGUUUUUGUCAGAGCUUUUCUUCUGCUCCUGUUUUUUUUUGUUUUUUGUUUUUUUUCAUUUUUUCAUUUUAUGAAUUAAAUAUCACCUUUAACGCCA